AUGGCACAAUUUGAUGACCCAUCCAUAAUAUCGCUAGUUUCAGCUGUCUCAGAUAGCAAGGCCGGUGCUAGUGCUUUCGAGAAUAACAAAGAUGAUAAUGCAAUCACCAAGUUUUUAAGAGAAGCUGAAUACAAAAGAGAAGAGGAAGAAGCUAAGAAAAGCGGAUUCACUACUGAACAAAAAGGUACAGAAAUAGGGGAUGAUGAAAGCACGAAUGCUCAAAGCAAAGAAUUAGAAUUAGAAGAUUGGAAACUUGAGUUGGGUCCUUAUAACAAUAACGAAAGACUAAGAUAUAGCAUGGAUUAUUUGUACAGCUUGAAAGAUUCCUCAGAUAACGUUGUUCCACAAGAUCUUCCACCAAAGAGCUAUUAUAGAUUAAAGAACAAACCUAUUCAAAGAACUAACUGGUCGGGAAACCAAUACAAUAAUAAUAACGGUAACUACACUGGUAGAAACAAUUAUAAUGAAGGUGGACCAGCUACAGGAUCAAUGGGUAAUUUCAACUUGAAUAAGAAGCCUCAUGAUAGAGGUUUCAAUAGAUAUGGUAACAACAACAACAACAAUAGAAGAAAUAACAGGGACCAUCGUCACAAGAAACAAGACGAUGAUGAUAGUUGGCUAGCUGAACUUGAGAAGGAUGAACCUGCAGGAGGAUCUGCUGAAGAUUUUGAAAAAUGGAAAGCUAAAAUCAAGUUGGCUGAACGUAAGAGAAGAGGUGAAAUUGUUGACGAAGAAGAAAUAACACCAUCAUCAACUCAAAGAAGUGAAGAAAACAAAAACACAAUUGAUAGUUUCUUUAGUGUUGCAAAGCCAAGUACCAAAUCAGGAGGUUCAUCUAAUGCUGGAACCCCAGAUGUUACCAAAAACUCCAAAUUUUUCUCAUUUUUCAAACCAGAAUCUGGUCCAGCCAAAGAUGAACAAUCUUCAGGACAGCAACCCUCAGGAAAUGAUGGAGUUUCAAAAAUCUUAUCUUUGCUUGAUAGUGGUGAAAAGAAUGCAAAGGCUGGCUCAAACAACUCAACUCCUCUCCUUACAAAAGCUUCUCCUUUACAAUCUCCUCAAGUUCAAUCCCAACAACCACAACAAGGAAGAACUCAGUUCAACUUCCAACAACCUUCAUCAGGUCAACCUCAACCACCUCAACAACCUUCAUCAUCAGCUCCUGUCUUACCCCCAGGUUUAGCACCUCCAUCAAAUCAAGGAUUACCAGCUGGUGGUUCCAAAGAUUCCUUCUUUAUGUCAUUAUUGAAUAGAGGCCCUGAGAGUGCUAAAAUUGACUCUACACCAAAUGCUCAAAGUCCAAAGGUUUCAACUAAUGACUCAAAACAAAGCCCAUCAUUACCAAACCAAGAACAACCUAGAAGCUCAUUACCUCCGGGUUUACAAGGACCACCAGGUUUACCUCAGCAGAAUCAACAACAGCAUUCACAACAACCUGGUCUUCAAGGCCAACCUAUGAUUCCACCACAAUUUCAGAAUGGACAAAAUAGAGGCCAAGGCCAAAUGCCACCAGUACCACCAGGUUUUAACCCUCAACAACUACCACCAUGGUUAGCUCAACAAUUCCCACCAAACUUGCCACAAGGCGGUAGAUUUAUGCCUCCACCUCCACCAAAUGGUAUGGGUUUCCCACCACAAAUGAGACAACAUGGUCCUCCAGGUGCUUCAAAUAUUCCACCACAUUUACUUUACCCCCAAGGUGGUCAACAAGGUGGUCAAAGUAACCCACAAGUGUUUUAUCCACCAUUUGGUGCACCAAAUCCUGAUGGUCAACAUCAACAACAACAACAACAGCAGCAAAGAUUUCCUCCAGGUUUCUUCAAUGGCCCACCGCCACCAGGAUUUCAAGGAAGAGACUCAAAUCAGCAAUAG